AUUUGCAUCGUUCCGCCAACACCCCUUCCCCAUGGCCUGUUCCACGGACCACAUCCCUACGUACCCAUGGGUGGACUACGCGUCGCUCUCGGAUGAACAACUGGAUGCCCUCCACAAGUCGCCCAAUCUCUACCUCUUUAGCAACAUCAACUGUCCGUAUGCCCAGCGAGCGCUUUGGACGGCGCUGGAAGUGAACGCUCCAUGCAGAGUCGUCGAAGUGUCGUUAGCCAACCAGCCUGACAGCUACGGCCAGAAGUUUAAUCGAUUCGAAACGGUGCCGUUCCUCCUGGACAAUGGAUUUCCUGUGUACGAGUCGGCGAUUGUGGCAAAUUGCUUGGACGCCAAGUACAACAAUGGCCGAUUGCAACGUAAGGACGACGUCCAGGCUUCAACGGUGGCGCAACUCGUUAUCGCCAAGUUCGACGCGCUUCCUUGGUAUCAGUACCUCCGCACGGGAGACGAAAAGGCAAAAGUUGAAGGCAAAGAAAACCUCCAGGUGGUCGAAACCAUUUUCACCGUCAACGCCAAAGCAUACAGUGAACACGGCCCGUACCUGCUUGGCGCCGACUUGAGCAGCGCCGAAAUCAACUUGUUUCCGUUCUUCUACCGCCUUGAGAUCCUCCUUGGUCACUAUCGGCAACUCGACUUUUUGGCCGACUACCCGACCCUGAAGGCCGCAUUCGACGCUGCAAAGUCCCGCAAGGCGUUCCAGCAAACGAUUCGCGUGCCCGAGUACCAUAUCCAGCAGUUCGCGCCCCAUUUCAAUCCCACGCCAUAAAUUUGUUAUGUACCACCGGAUUGUAUUCCACAGCACCGAUGGAUGCCACCCACCUUUCUUGAUACGUCAGGCGCUCGGUGACACAAGGUGGCAAGAUUGAGUGAGCCCAACAUCCCCUUGACACAAUGCCAUGGAGCUCGAGGCGAUGCAUUUAUGUCCUGCACGUAUCAACUACACAACCAAGUUUGAGGGUGGCUUCGAGUGAAGUCUCUUGUCUGCUCAAAAGGCACUCAGAAGUACAAACUCCGUCGGUAACACAACUCUGUCGGACCCUUAUUUUCGGGCUAUGACACGGCAGUGCGUUUUCUCGAUCAUCCUAUGCACGGUAGAAAAUUCCUAUAACAAGCUGUCUUCGUAACGUCCA